CGAUAGGACACAUCAUUUUUACCACUGAAAAGCGUCACAUUAAGUAAUCAUGUUCACAAUGACAUCAGUUGUUGUUGUUGUUGUGCUAAAAGUGAUUUUCUUCUGAGAAUAUUGGGGAAAAGUGAAUAGGUACACAACAUUGUGUUGAAUAAAAAUCAUCAUAUUGGACUUUAAAAUGCUUUUUUAUUGCUCUUGUGGUUCAUCUUUUAUAUAACGAAAAGACAAUAACUAAAAUGAACCAUAUCAAGGAAAGCCUAUGCAGAUGAAUUUUUCACCGAUAAUGUUUUACGUUGUAUUUAGUUUAUAUUUGCAAAUAAGUCGAUGAGGAAACGUAAUAAUUUCAUAGUGGUCAUAAAGAUUUUCAUCGUGUUUGCUUAACACUAAAGAUUGGAAACUUCUUGGUGUUACAAAGCAUAAGUUAUUGAAUACAUCAAUAUUAAGUUAAUCUGUUCUGACUGUUCACUUUGAAUGGCACUCACAAGUGUGGUACCUUCAUAUGCACUUGGGAUGUCAAGUGAUAUAAUACCAAAUAAUGUGGGUGUGAUACCCUAUUCCACAUUUCAUACAGCAUUGCUACCGCAUCCUAAUCCCCUAGGACUUGGCAAUCCUCCAAAUCUUUCUACUGGACUAAUGCUAGCAACACAGCCUACUUCACAGAAUCCUUAUUGCCCACCAAUUACCCUUACAAAUGGAUAUUACACUAAUACUAAUUAUCCCAACAAUGGUGAAUCAUUCUGUUAUGUUCAACCGAAUGAAACUAAUCAACUUUUAAGCGCAUAUCAUACAUACCCUACAUCAUUAAAUUUACCAUUGCAAGCAGCACAUCUAUCUUGCGAUAAUUUAUACACAUCGAAUAAUACACAGAAUGCAUUACUUCAAACAGUCAAUACUACUAACAUUAUUACUAGUAGUAAUCAUAACAUGAAUGGACUAGGUAAUAAAUUGGAAGUAUCAACAAUGGAAACAUCGCAUCAUUCAUUAGAGGAUACAACACACACAACAAUUGACAGAUCAAAUUCAUCAUCAUCAACAACACACGGUGAUAUUGAAAAUAGUCAUCAAAAUACUUCAUUACUUGUACUACGAUUACUUAUGUCUGGAAAAGAGGUUGGCAGCAUCAUUGGUAAAAGAGGUGAAAAUGUAAGAAAGUACAGAGAGGAAAGUGGUGCCAGAAUUAACAUAUCGGACGGUUCUAGUCCAGAACGAAUUGUCACUAUCACCGGAACUACUGAACAAAUCUAUACAGCAUUUACACUAAUGAGUCGAAAAUUUGAAGAUGAUUUUACUCAAGGUCUGUUACGAAUGGGUGAUGAAACAGUUAGCUGUCCACCAGUUACAUUACGCUUAUUAGUUCCAGUUACUCAAUGCGGUUCAAUAAUUGGCAAGGGUGGCUCUAAAAUCAAAGAUGUUCGUGAGUUGACUGGUGCUUCAAUUCAAGUAGCCAGUGAGGCUUUACCAACAUCCACGGAAAGAACAGUUACAAUCUCUGGCACAGCAGAUGCAAUCUCGAAAUGUAUUCAACUACUCUGUGACAUAUUUUUAGAAUGUCCAACAAAGGGUCCAGUUAUACUUUAUCGACCAAAACCUGCCAGUGGUAACCCAGCUGCACUAAUGUGUUCUGCUAACUCAUAUUCAUCUGGUUUUCUUCACUCAAAUUUAUCUGGACUUCCGAAUUCAGCCCGUGAGAACUCUCAUGAAUCGGGAUAUACAACUCCUUUGUUCACAUCAGCAUCAUUACUCACAAAUGAAGUGAACUCUGCCAGUCCAACUUCUUUAACUAGAAGCUAUGCAAGUCAGUUUGGAAUACCAUCUGGUAUAUUAUCGGGUAUUGCAGGUGGAUCGGCUGGUACUGGCAUCAGUAGUGGUUCAAUGAUAACUAAUCUUCCAACGCCAAAUACAAUUCAAUCUCCUCUGACAGUGAUUGGUUCUAGUCGACCAGUUAAUCCAAUAUCAGAUAUUAUGACAGAUCAAAUUCACUUAUUCGCUGCGUUAAAUCAGCUUGAUUUAACUGCCUUCCAAUCUCAUUUCUCAUCGAUUUUGUCACCAUUAUCAAAUGCAAAUCCAAUCGCUAGUGGAGUGCAUUCCAUUGGACAGCCUUUAAGUAUUCCAGAAAUAUCUCCAACCCCUAGUUUACUUGGCUGUUAUCCUGCUGCUGCAGCUCUACCUGUUGUUGGGUCACCAAAUAACUAUAUUUUUUCUACACCUGCAGCUCUGCUCAAGGUAUCAAGUAGACUCCCAGAAGAUCACUUUGUAGCUUCGACAAAUAAUAGCCUCAAUGAUAUUGUUGCUAGCCGAUCUGAUCUGUGCAUUAGCAAUGCUAAUAAUAUAUCGUCUAAUGAUACGUUGAACUGUAAUGGUUCACUGUCAGUCGGCUCAGUCAACAAUUACACACAACUUUCAACUCCCUUAGAUCCGAUAAGAUCAAUUCGUGGUUUACAAAACACAACUUCAUUACUUGGUCUUCCAUCCUUGUCGCUCGGUACUCUCCUGAAUGUACAACAGCAAACUCCACUAAUCCCAUUGACCAAUACAGAAGAGAAUAUUGUCGUUCGAGAAAUGAUUAUUUCUAAUGAUGUCAUAGGCUGUAUCAUUGGACGUGGGGGCACAACAAUAAAUGAAAUCAGAAAUACGUCCAAAGCUCAAAUCAAAAUAUCCAAUUGUGAAGAUGGUGCAAAAGAAAGAAAAAUUACAGUCUCUGGAAAGUUGGAUUCAGUGAAUCUUGCUCAAUUUCUAAUAAACAGCAGUAUUGCAAUUCAUCAAGAAAUGUGGGCAUUCAAUGUUCGACUAGCCACAGCAGCUACCGCAUUAAUGACUCAAAAUGAUUUAACCAUCAAUUCUUCAAAUAAACUUUCAGACAUUGAAGAUGAAGGUUAUAAAUCUUUGCUAAAUGAAAACUGUUGUCUAACUGAUUAUGCCUUACUAACUUCAAGUACACCAUUUAACAAUAGUAAACCUCAAUUAAACUCUUCAUUGAUUUUAUUAAAAGAAAACUUAUCACCUUAUCUACAGAAACAAAUCUUCAAUCCUAUUCUAACAUCAAAUCAUGAGGAUAGUAAUCAAUUAAGUUCAAAAGUGAAAUUUAACCAUCGAACAGUAAGGAGAUCAAAGUUAACACCAUACUAAUAUUGAAAGAUCCCUGUAAAGUAUUUACUACAUUGAACAUUGUUUAUUGAAUAUUGAACAUGUAUGAGUUGUUUAGCAUGAAUAAAUUGAUUAUUUAUAAUUAAUUCAAUAGUUGAUAUAACUUUAUCCGGAAUGCCUUGUCUCAAUUUAUGCUUAUUAUUAUAAUGAUGAUAUUGGUGACAAUAUCAAACAAGUAUGUUUAUUAUUUUACUAUGUUUAUCUAUGGAAUGUAAACUUUCGAAAAAGAAUUAUUGAAUGCCAGUUAUAUCAUAACAAUAUGGUAUGUAUUUAAUCAAAAAAAUUUCUUAUUUGUAUGCUUUAUUACUAACAAAAAUUAAUAAAUGAUCAGUUUUGAAAAUCUAUUUGUCUCUCUGUCUAUCUCUUAGUUAUUCUGAUGAAUUGAUUUCAAGUUUGAUACCAAUAUUAAUCAGAGAACUAUCAGAAACCUAUGACCAUUAAACGGUUGUUUUAUCUUGGUGUGGGGCUGUUCAGCAGUAGGCAAUAAUGGCCCCAAGACCUUCCAGUUCAACCAUCAUUGAAUUACUGGGUCGGGGAACCAAUGGUCUACUAUUUACUAUUCUUUUCAGUUCAUUAUAUAGUAUGACAUCCUUUCGAUGUCAUCUUUGAGUAAUUGUCCUCAUAUACAAGUUUGUUGAUGCUAUCGGUUAUGAUUAAUUGAUAGAAUUUAAUAGCUCAGGAAAAAGUUUCUCUUAGGAAAGAAUUUUUUAUUUAUUUAUUCACAUUUCAUUUAUUAUUAUAUUGUUAUAUUUGAAAUUUGUCCUUUCUUUUUUUAUUCCUUCAACAUUGAAAACAUUGAAUAAAUGUAUAGAAUAUCAGCAGAAUUGUUGGCCGGUAUGAUAGCAUUUGUCAACUAUUGAUAAAUAAGCAAAAAUAUCAUUUUUGCGCAUAUAUACAUUGCAUACAUCCAACGGUAUUCAUCAACAUUUAUUUAGGUUUAUUCGCAUUUACAUAUACAUAUAAUUAUGAUUAGUUUCAUAAUAAUUUCAACUUUAAAGUAUGCACAGUAAUGCUUAUGAUAAAAAUAUACACAAAUAAAUCAUUGAUCAUUGAAAACGAUUUGUUUUAAUGGUAUGCAUAUUUAUAUUUAAUAAAAAAACAAAUAAACGAAUCUCUUAAACACAUGAAUGUUAAAGAUUAUAUCCAUACUACAGACAAAACUUAUCUACAGAUUAUGCAUACAACUCACAUACACAUAUAUGCUUUUUGUAUAAUAAUGUUAAAUUGGUUAUGGACCAAAUGAUACUAUUUGCUACUUACUUCUCUUUUGAGUAGUUUAGUAAAUUUUGGCAGAAAUACUGGUUGUAAAACAGUAAAAAGUGAACAUUUCACCAAAUUCCUAUUGAUAUGUAUAAAUAUUUAAUGUGGAAAUUAUGUGAAAAAAGUUGAUAAUCUAAUUAUAGUUAUCUAUAUACCAGUCAUGGAUGUAAUUGCAUUGCUACUAUGAUUAUUAUAAUUAUUAUUAUCAUUAUUAUUACUGUUUAGUGCCUUCUAAAAUUCUGUAUCAUUACAUAGUUCAAAUAGACAAUGGUCGAUAAAUAGGACAGUUUAUCGGUCUAAGCCUUUAACUUAUUUAUAAACGAUAAAUCAGUUAUUUUUAUGUAUAAUGAUUGAUAAAAUGAAUGAAUGCCUAUCAAACGGAACAUUAUUAUUAUUAUUAUUACUAUUAUAGCAUGCGUAAUUAUCAAUCCGUCUGUCAGUUAUAUCAGAAUUAUACAUAAAGAAAGCAGAAUUUUCAAAAUAACCGCCAUUAUUUUCAAGAUUCAAGAAUAAUUACUCACUAACAAAAUAGAUCACUUGUUAAUUUGUAGAUUUUUCAUUUUGAAAAUAAAUGAAGUAAAUAGAGUG